AUGGUAGUAGGACCUGCUUCAGUUGUUGUUGUAAGAGCUGCUGCUGUUGAAGUAACCGUGGGAGCUCCGGUGGUUGUAGUAGGAGCUGCAGUUGUCGUAGGGGAUGUUGUUGUGGUUAUUGUAGAAGGAUCUUCAUUUCUCGUUGCAGUAGGGGCUGCUGUAGUGGUUGAGGAAGCAGCUACAGUUGUUGUUGGAACUGCUGCAGUUGUAGUGGCCGUAGGAGCUACGGUAGUUGUAGUAGGAGCUGCAGUUGUCGUAGGGGAUGUUGUUGUGGUUGUCGUAGGUGCUAUAGUUGUUUUUGAAGAAGCUUCAGUUGUGGUUCCAGUAAGGGCUGCAGUAGUGGUUGUGGAAGAAGCUGCAGUCGUGGUUGCAGUAGGUAAUGCAGUAGUGGUUGUGGAAGCAGCUGCAGUCGUGGUUGCAGUAGCUAAUGCAGUAGUGGUUGUGGAAGCAGCUGCAGUUGUGGUAGUAGGAGCUGCAGUUGUCGAAGGGGAUGUUGUCGAAUCUGCUGUAGUUGUUGUAGAAGAAGCUUCAGUUGUGGUUGCAGCAGGGUCUGCAGUAGUGCUUGUGGAAGCAGCUUCAGUUGUUGUUGUAAGAGCUGCUGCUGUUGUAGUGGCCGUAGGAGCUCCGGUGGUUGAAGUAGGAGCUGCAGUUGUCGUAGGGGAUGUUGUUGUGGAAGUCGUAGUUUUUACAGUUGUUGUAGAAGACGCUUCUGUUGUGGUUGCAGUAGGGGCUGCAGUAGUGCUUGUGGAAGCAGGUUCAGUUGUUGUUGUAAGAGCUGCUGCUGUUGUAGUGGCCAUAGGAGCUCCGGUGGUUGUAGUAGGAGCUGCAGUUGUCGUAGGGGAUGUUGUUGUGGUAGUCGUAGUUUCUACAGUUGUUGUAGAUGAAGCUUCUGUUGUGGUUGCAGUAGGGGCUGCAGUAGUGCUUGUGGAAGCAGCUUCAGUUGUUGUUGUAAGAGCUGCUGCUGUUGAAGUAACCGUGGGAGCUCCGGUGGUUGUAGUAGGAGCUGCAGUUGUCGUGCUAUAG